CAACUUCAAAAGGGGGUUCGAGGUAGUUCUGAAUUGGACAUCUAUUUAAGAGAUGUUGAUGAUGCUAUUAAUGAGGAUGAUGAUGAUAAGAAGUUCAACAUUUUGAAGUGGUGGUCUCGGAACAGUGUUAGAUAUCCCGUCCUUUCAGAGAUGGUUAGGGAUAUCCUGGCAGUUCCAAUCUCCUCAGUUGCCUCAGAGUCUGCUUUCAGUUGUGGAGGUAGAGUGCUUAGUCCGUUUAGGUCUUCUUUGAACUCUAACAUUGUAGAGGCCUUGAUUUGUGCCGAAGAUUGGAUACGGUAUGAAUGUGGUAAGAAUUCAGGCCAAGUUGAUGAUAAAGAAGAAGAUCAAGAACAGAUUGAUUAUGAAAGAGUCACUAGUACCUUUGAAGCUCGAAUGGAAAGUGUAGGUGAUAUGCCAAGUAAUAUACCCAUUGUGGUUGAGGAGGAGGAUGGUGAUGGAGAAGAAGAAAAAGAAGAAGAAGAAGAAGAAGAAGAAGAAGACGAAGAGGAUGAAGCGGAGGAUGAAGCGGAGGAUGAAGAGGAGGAUGAAGAGGAGGAUGAUAAUGAUGUUCUUCUCAACACUUUGAAGAAGCAAGGUUGUGCCGAUGUUGGCGGUUCGCGCCAUAUUAGCGAUGGAGGAGCUAGUGGUCAAUCUUAGUGGUGUACUUAUGCUAUCUUUAUGUUGGAGAAUUUUAUUUUAAGUUGGAACUUGUAAGUGUAACUUAUGUUGUGAGAGUGAGACUAUGUUGAAUUGUUGAUUGUUAGAUGAUGGAAUUUGUGAUCUAUUUCAUGUUUGAGACUAUGU